AUGUCUUUCGUACGGUGGACUAUUGAUGAAUUUAUUGCAUUAGAGAUGGGAUUUCCAUCGAAUGUCGCACGAUCAUUGGUUCAGUUAUUUGAAGAUGGAUGUGAGGUACCAUUUAUUGCUCGUUAUCGGCGGCAUUUAAUUGAUGGAGCAACACCUGAUGAUUUACGGCAUGCAGUGGAAACCUUUAAGAAUGCAAAAGCCAUCAAAGCUAAAGCGGAAAAACUUUUAAAACGAGCCGAUGCUGAAAUUGAAAAUGACGCGUUAAAAAAAUCUGUGAAGGAUGCUCUUUCAAAGACGAUGGAUGCUGCUGAAUUGGAUUGUUUAUUCGAACCCUUUAAAACAGCCAAAAAAGGUUCUUUGGCUUCAAGAGCAGUGGAAUUAGGUGUUGAUGAAAUUUGUCAAAGGCUUUAUCGUGGCGAAUAUGUUAAUUUACAGCGUUUUGUUCAUUCUAAACCAGAACUAAAUACACUAGCAAAAGUGGAGGAAGAGACAGUACAUCUGUUAUCUCAUGAACUGCAUCGCUUAGAAGAAACACAAAAUUUGUUGCAAAAAUUAGCCGAACUGAAUAAUCAUCUAAAUAUUCGUUUGAAGGUGAGAUCAACACUUACGAAAAAAGCGAAAGCUUUGAAAGAGACAGACAAGAAUUUUUCUCUACUGGACCAUUUCAAAUUAUAUUUAAAUUUUGAAAAGGAUGUUCGAUUUGUUCAGUCUUUUCAGAUUUUAGCUCUGGAACGAGCUUCAUCAAAAGGAAUCAUAAACUGGAAAAUAGUUGUGGACGAUAGUAUUGCAAGCAUUCAUCCAGGCUUAAAACUCAACUUUCAUCUUAAUCAUACAGAUUUGCUAAGAAAGGCUGUCCAGGAUUCUACGAAACGUUUUCUUAUACCUUCGAUCGAACGAAAAGUUCGAAGGAAAUUACUUGAUCGAGCGGAAAAUUCGGCAAUCGAUUGUUUUGCCAAAAAUCUUCGCGAAUUGCUUCUUACAGCUCCUCUAAAAGAUUACGCGGUUCUUGCAAUUGAUCCUGGAUAUUCAAAUGGAUGCAAGUGUGCUCUAGUCAAUGACAGUGGUGAUCUCCUUCAAACAGCAGUAUUUUACUUCCGUCGACUAAACGCCAAGAAUUGGUGCCCAGAUGAGCGGGCUGAAGAAAUACUGAAAACGCUCGUAUCAAAAGCGCUUAAUUCACCUUUUGUAAUAGCUAUUGGAAAUGGCACUGCAAGUCGAGAAACGCAAGUCUUCAUAGCAUCAUUAAUUCAGCGUGGUGUAAUUGCUGCAAAGUUUUGCGUAGUUUCCGAAUGUGGUGCAUCUAUUUAUAGUACAACAGAAUUGGCAGCAGAAGAAUUGUCGGGAAUUGAUAUUAAUUUGCGAAGUGCUGUGUCACUUGCGAGACGUAUCAUUGAUCCGAUUUCGGAAUAUGUGAAAAUUGCACCAAAACAUCUUGGUGUUGGAUUGUAUCAGCACUCGGUGAAUGAAAAACGCUUAGAUGAAAUGCUGGAUAUAGUUGUACGCGAAUGUGUUAGCAAUGUUGGCGUUGACGUGAACGUAGCCUCACUACAAGUUUUGCAGAGAGUAUCAGGUUUGAAUAAGAAAACAGCUGCCAAUAUAAUCAAAUAUCGCCAAGACAAUGCUGGCAUAAAAAGCAGAGAAGAAUUGAAAAAGAUAAACGGAAUUGGUCCAAAAUGUUUUGAACAUUGUGCUGGAUUCCUUUAUGUAUAUAAUGGUAAAAGAUUGAAUGCGCCAGCAAAAAAGAAAAUAAAACUUUCAAAGGAAUUCAAUCCGUUGGAUGCAACUCCUGUUCAUCCAGAAAGCUAUCAAAUUGCUAAACAAAUACUGGAAUAUGCUGGUGCCGAUUUGACACAUAUUGGGCAGAAUAAUCUCUACCAAAUGUUAGCAGUGAUCGAAGAACGAAUUAGAGAACGAGGUCCAGAAUGGCUUUCAGUAUGGGAAUUACUUUCAAAUCCGUUUGUAAGGAAAAAUGCGCCAGUACUUUUGACGAAUGUACUGGAAAUGAAAUCACUGAAAGUUGGUGAUAUCUUGGAAGGUGUUGUUCGAAAUCAUGCUAAUUUUGGUAUAUUUAUCGAUAUUGGGGUAGGCUUCAAUGCGUUAGCACAUUCAUCAACUCUAUUGUCAGUUGUUCCUGAGGUAAAUUCUUCAGUGAAGGUGCGAAUCACGGCGAUAAAUAUGGAUCGGCGUCGGAUUGGUGUCGUUUUAGUUUGA